AUGGGCGAGCGAUGGUGUCCCGCUGCUGGGAUGCUCCUGGCAGCUCCCAAGAAGCCCCCUGCAUACCGGGAGUGUGGUAAGAAAAAUGAAGGCCAGUUUCCUUCAGCUCCCGGCGGCUCAUCAGUUCAGCACCAUAGCAAAGUGCUGUUGGGCUUCCAGCCAAUAGACAUCGUUGACAACUUCAUCUCAGUUGAGCAGGAAAAAGGGGCCCCAGGAAUGGGGACAGAAACCCUAUCCCCAGAGGCAUUCAGGAGCCUGGAGUUCUCGUCACAGCCUGUCCCCUUGGGACUUACUAGGGCCUCCAGCAGGGAUACAACUGGCCCAAGCCGCUCUGGCCUGCCCGCAUCUGCAGUCAAAACGACCCCCAAGUCCAACCUAACAUCCUCAGGGGGUGAACCCACAGAGAAAACGUUGUCUCCCGGAUCUCUGGAGACAAAUGAUACAUUACUGCCACUGGUUUUGGAUGCAUUUGGGAAGAAGUGCAGUAAGGCUUCUGGGUUUUGUGUGACAAUCCCUGCUCCUGCCUCGGCAACCGUGAAAACGGUCACUCCUAGACCAAUGUGGCUGUCAUCUAGAGCCCCCGUUGCCUCGGUCAUUCCUGUAAACAGGUCUGGGCACCCACACUUGUUACAGCCUAUCUUCAUUCCCAGUGUCCAGACACUGUCUUGGUGGGGGGCUGACCACACCAAGCCAAAGGCCUCCUCAACUGUCACUUCGACUCCAAGGGCCACUCUGGGUCCACCUCUGUUUGGACGGAUGGCAAACACAUUGGCAGCCACAAAGCCCCUGCCCACUGUGGCUCCAAGAAGACCAGGGCUAGAUGGACCCCCUCCACCUGUCACAACAGGCUCAGGAUCAUCCAGAGACACCGAGGCUUCCGGCCUGGAGGCAGGGCCCAGUGACGGUUCCACACUGCACUUGGUCCCCUCAGCACCCCCAUGGCCACUCUCACCGUCCUUCUCCCCACAGCCCUCACCAGCACUGCCACCACCCUCUCCUCUCCCGGCCCUUGUUUCCCCUCUCGUUGCUGAAACCAGCGACUCUCCCGUCCCUUCUGCGUCUGCAUUUACACCCUCAACCCCACGCUUGUCCCUGAAAACCUCCAGCCUUGCCCCUGGGCUGUCACCCCGGAUGACCCGCCGGCCCACUCAGGGCACAGUCCGCUCUUGGCCAGGGGGCCCUUCCAGCCCAGCUUCCACAACCACCCUCUCCUUCCAACUCUCUUCCAGCCUUCUCCAUGCCCCACCUAGCUCUGGCUCUCCAAGCAUCCCCAAGGGUGCUGACUCUACCCAGACCCCUGUCCUGCCUUACCCUGGCCAGGAUGCCUCUUUGCAGGACCCGGAAUCCUCUAACCCAGGACCCAAUGAUGUGGUCCGCUCUGUGGCCUUCAGGAUCAACGGUGGAGGCUUUGCAGCUGCUGUCUGGAACCUGACGCGCCCAGAACAUAGAGUACUGAUUCACUACCGGCUCCAGCUCAUCUACAGCGAGGCCUUCCCCAGCUUCAAGACCGUCGGAGCGCUGCUGUUGCAGCCAGGCUCUGCAGAUGUGAAUGCCUCUCUUGUGUUUGGCCAGCCUGGCCCCUCGGCCUGCGAAGUCCUCUGGGCUUUCUACCGCAAAGUGAGGGCCACCAGGUGGCUGCUUGGGUACCUGCCCUUGAAGGAGAGCAGCCUUGCCUCUGAUGGGUUCAACUUGACCCACCUGGCCCUGGAGACCAUCGACAUCAACUUCACCGUCAUGAGCCCUUUUGUGCCGCGGUUGCUCCUACCCGGUUCUCACCCUUUCGUUUUACUGGAACGGCAGAUCCUCAGGCUGGUCACACCUGAGGUGACAGUGUUCUACAGGAUGCUUCCGCAGAAAGGCCCACUGCUCCUUUUCAGCAACGCAAACCAGUGGGUGAGCGUUUACAUGGAGUACAAAUUCCAGAGGCCCCUCCCUACCCACCUUAAAGGCCUGGCCAGUCACCUGGCCCACCACAUAACAGAUCCCAUCCUCCAGAAAUCAACUAUCGUGGCCAACGGGGAGAAAGCAGAGGUGACGUUGUUUGAGGUUCGGCUGCUGAUCUUGGACUACCCUUUCACCAUGGCCUUGGGAAAUAAAACCAGCCCCGAGUCCCAGGAGCUUCAGAAGCAGCUGACAAAAUGGCUGACCUCGCUCUUCAGGUCUCUACAGAACUUUGGCCAAGUUGUGGUGGUGGAGUUCCAGCUGGAUCCACUCAUUGCCAAAGUGCACGCUGCCUUUUUGGGGGCUGCACCGGCUCGGACUCACAUUGAGGCCUGUGUGCGCCAGGCCCUGGGAUUCCUGCAGGAGGCUGAGGGUCUCCACGCAGAGAUGCUCACCUCACACCUCGGUGUCCCCAGCUCCGGAGUCUCGAGCAACCCCAGCUGUGUGCUUGUGCUGAGCCUUCUGCUUGUCACGUGUCUCCUUGUGGCCGCCCUGGCUGAGGGCAAGGGCCUGUUCUGGGUGCCAGGCGUCAUCCCCACGACGACCCUGUGA